AUGACCAUAAGUGGAGUCCCAGUGCUAGGAUUUUUCAUCAUGGCUUUCCUGAUGGGUCCUCAGGAAUCAUGGGCUGUCAAAGAGGAGCACGUAAUCAUCCAGGCUGAGUUCUAUCUGACCCCUGACCCAUCAGGCGAGUUCAUGUUUGACUUCGAUGGUGAUGAGAUUUUCCACGUGGAUAUGGAAAAGAAGGAGACGGUGUGGCGCCUUGAAGAAUUUGGACGUUUUGCCAGCUUUGAGGCCCAGGGUGCCUUGGCCAACAUAGCUGUGGACAAAGCUAACCUUGACACAAUGAUAAAGCGCUCCAACCACACCCCGAACACCAAUGUACCUCCAGAGGUGACUGUGCUCUCAAACACCCCUGUGGAACUGGGAGAGCCCAACAUCCUCAUCUGUUUCAUCGACAAGUUCUCCCCACCAGUGAUCAAUGUCACGUGGCUUCGAAAUGGAAACCCUGUCACCACAGGAGUGUCAGAGACAAUCUUUUUGCCCAGAGAAGACCACCUUUUCCGCAAAUUCCACUAUCUCCCCUUCCUGCCCUCAGCCGAGGACGUUUAUGACUGCAAGGUGGAGCACUGGGGUUUGGAUGAACCUCUUCUCAAGCACUGGGAGUUUGAACCACCAACCCCCCUCCCAGAGACAACAGAGAAUGUGGUGUGUGCCCUGGGCCUGAUCGUGGGUCUGGUGGGCAUCAUUACUGGGACCAUUUUCAUCAUCAAGGGCAUGCGCAAGGUCAAAGCUGGUGAACGCCGAGGGCCUCUUUGA